AUGGCGCAGGAGCUGAGCCAAGCCGAGCUGCUGGAUUUCCUCUGCCGGGCCGGCGGGCGGGUAGCCAACGCCGCUUUGCUGGGCCACUUCAAGCGGUUCUUGCGCGACCCCCGGGCGGAUCCCGGGCAGCUCCAGCGCCGCCGCCACCUCUUCAAGGGCUUCGUCAACUCCGUGGCCACCGUCAGCCAGGACGGGCCCGCCGCCGCCACUUACGUGGUGCUCAAGAAACGGUACCGGGACCUCAUCGGGGAGGAGGAAUCCGAACCACCGCCGCGGGCUCCAGUCGGCCGGUCGCCUCCGCCGCAGCUCCAGCAAGCCCCGAAGUCACCGGGAGCCGCCGCUGCUGCUGCUGCGGCUGCUCUGCGGGAAACCGGACGGUUCUCGGAUGGCGAAGUCGCGGCGGCCCGGAGGAAGGCCGGCAGGUGCCCGCCCGCCUCGCCUGGAGUCGGAUCUCGGCCCUCGCCUCCCCUGGGCUGCCUUGGGAGAGAGAGAAAAGGUCCCCGGCCAGACGCCCCGGAUCCGCCUCAGUCGUCCAACGGCCUCGGUUUACCCAUCGGAGAAAUGGGCGCGCUUCCCAACGGCGGCAGCGCCCAGCAAAGGAUUCGGGAUUGGGUGGUCACCCAUCAUGCGGCUUCCAUGCCAUCCCAGCCCUCCCUGGCAGGCGAGGAAGCCUUCCCGGUGCCAGCCUGGUCUCAAAGCUCAGACCGGAGCUCCUGCCGCCCUGGUGGGUCGCUGGAUUGGGGGUCCUCGGAGGGCUGGUGGGAGCCUCCCGUGCCCGUCUUCCGCAGCAUCCGAAGCCGCCUUUCCUUGGAGGAUUUGGAAGGCCACCUGGAGCAGGAGAGCUCGGUCAGCGAGGAGGGCAGCAGUGCCAGCUGGGGGAGCGGCUCCCAUCCGAGGGACGGGGAAGCGGACGGCAGCGGCAUCCGGAACUCAGCUGGCCACGAGGGACCGGGGGACGCCCCCCACAGCAACGGCCUGAUGGUGGUGAUGACGCCCCUUGUAAUGCCCCUUGUCCAAGAUGCCAAGCCCCCUCCUCAUGUGGCUUUGCUGCACCGGAUUGUUAGCAGAGCGACCACCAUGGGCAAAACAGAAAGCCAGGAUCUGUUGAAAACGGUCAGACCGCCAUCCCCAAAUCUGGAUGCCCCCUUAAGCCCCAGGUUGGCACCCAGACAAAGAUCCGUGGCGAAUGUCCCGUUGGCGGAAAGGCUGGCUCCUAACUCAGAUGGCUCUGCGGAGCACAGGUCUUCCUUGGUGCCCCUGGACGGCCGAGAACACACCUGGCUGGUGAAAAUUGCCACGGGGUCUUGGAUGCAGGUCCGGGCGCUGCUCCAGGAAGACCCUCACCUGGUACUCCACAGGGACUUCGUCUCCGGCUUCACGGUGCUUCACUGGCUGGCCAAGCACGGGAAUGCCCAGGCGCUGCAGGACUUUGUCGCCGGCGCUGAGGAGGCCGGGAUUGUCCUGGACGUCAACGUCCGUUCCGGUUGCGGCUACACCCCGCUACACCUGGCGGCCAUCCACAGCCAUCCCUUGGUCAUGAAAAUCCUGGUGCAGAGGCUCCAUUGCCGGACGCAGGUGCGGGACAGCAGCGGCAAAAGGGCUUGGCAGUACUUGAGCGCCAACGCCUCGGGGGAAAUAUGGCAGCUUUUGGGGGGCCCUCGGGGCAGGACCAUCUUCCCAACUCAUCCCAUCAUCCGGCCGGCCGCCGUCUCCUCUUCCUCGACCUCCCUAGCCAGGAAGGUGAGCCGGAAGCCCUCCUUGGCAAGUUACUUGAAACCCCAACAUACGAAGCGGAAAAUAGGGUGUAAGUGCUCCGUUUUACAGGAGAUUGAGGAAUACAGUGAUUAAAGACAAAAGUGGGGAUUUUGAUGUUCAGAAUCUCCAAAGAUGUUAUGUGCCCAGCUGGUUUUUCAGCUCAUGUUUUGGGGGGGAAAACUGGAUGAAAAUUGGCACUUUAUUCCUGAACGUAUUUGGAUUUUAAUUUGAACUGGGAUGGGGAGAAUUGCUUUACACGCCCCAUGCAGAAAUUUGGGGUUUGGGUCCAUAAAAUUGUUCAAGGAGAAUUUUUUGGGGGCAACCUCGAAAUCGUGUCCGUUGCCAAGAUGCUGCACUUUAUCUCUCUCUCUUUUUUUCCUUGCAAAAACAACCAGAUGAGAGGAACACUCUCUCUCUUUCUUGAAGGGUGAAUAAUGAUCAAAUUGUAAAUCCGUGUUGGCUUUAGAGCCUGGAAGGUUCUAUUUUGCAAGGACCUUUAAGCUGGGUGUUUGGAGAACGGGAGAAGGGCUGGUUAUCCUUGAAACCACAACGUCAGUAUUGAAAACGCCAUAUACGAGAAUCAAAGAGGAAGAUAUCCUUUGCACUGUUUUCUCGCCAGCUGUGCUGAAAUUUUUUUUUUUUAACCGUUUGCCUUUGGGGACAUAUUAGAGAGACGGGCGGGCUGGAAUGUCUUAAUUAGGUUGGUGAACCUCAUUUGCAAAGAGUUUUAAACCUUCAAAGGAAAAAGCCCAGAGGUUAAGAGAGACAAUGAAAGUCAACCCACUUGGGAACUAAAAAGUGACCCACAGAAACUUGAUUGUAUUUUAUUACUUUGUAAGGCCUGUUAAUAAACCUUAUUGCUGUUUACCUAUUA